AUGAUAUUUACGAUAUCUGAGAAAGAAACCACAUCCGGUCAAAGGCGAGGAUUUUGUUCACUUAUUAAUGCCUUUUUAUACCUUUUUUUACUGGAAGCACAUCAAAGUAUCCUAUUCACAGAUGCAAGCAUACUAGUUGAGAGGAUAGGGGAAAUCACAAAGAUAGGCAUAAACUGUCCUGAAAAAAAAAACUGCCUCGAUCGAUUGACAGCCCAAAAUCUCUCCAAUGCCAUAGAAGACUUUGAACAAGAUGAGGGUGCACUCGUAGCUGUGCUACAUGGCAUUGGAGGAAAUUUUUGCUCUGGCUAUGAUCUUGAGGAAAUAGCCAAGUAUGAUGGAGAAUCCGAAGACAGCGUACCUCAGUUUGGACCAUUGGCAACACGGACUAGCUUACCAAAAAAACCGAUGGUAGCUGCUCUAAGUGGUUUUACAGUGGGAGCUGGAUUUGAACUUGCACUUAUGUGCGAUCUGAGGGUGAUGGAGGACCAGGCAAUAAUCGGCCUAUAUAAUCGAAGAUUUGGAGUUCCCAUCCUCAGUGGAGGUACUGCCCGAUUGACAGCUAUGAUUGGUUACUCAAGAGCCAUGGAUCUUAUUCUUACUGGCAGGGGAAUAACUGGUGAAGAAGCAUUUUCGUGGGGGCUAGCAAACAGGCUGGUUGCAUGUGGCACAGCCCUUGGACAGUCAAUAACCCUGGCUUCAUGCCUUUUAAAGUUCCCCCAACGAACGAUGCUGGCAGACCGACAAUCAGCUCAUAACGCCUAUUUCCAUGCAAAAAAUUUGGAAGAGGCUUUACAAUUCGAGAAGGAUCAGUCCUCGCAUCUUUUAUUGGAAGAGGGUGUUGCAGGCGCUAAAAAAUUCCUACAGGGUGUUGGCAAGCACGGAAAAUUCAGUCAACUGCGUCCAAUCGAUAGGUCUAAAUUUGAUGAAAUAAAUGAAAAACUUUUGUAGUAUCUGUUAAAAUAGACUCCACGUCGUUGUAUAAUAUUUAUUGAAUAAAAAUUUUGAAAAAAAUCCAGGUA